AAAUAACAAUUAACUUUAAAAUUCAGAUUUAUUUAAAAGGAAAACAAAGAAAGGAGUUUAUUCGUUCCCGCGUUUUAAUAGCAUUCGCGGCUAUUGCUAGGGGAGGCAACUCCUUCUUGGCUUAAUUUUUUAAUUCAAAACUACAUUCGCUCAGAGAUUUAUUAUUGUUUACAUUAUUAUUGUUGCGUACAUUUGAGAACCUUUCCUGAUAAUUGGGUAUUUUGUCUCGUUUUGUUCUGUGUUGGCGAGUUUCUGCGAUGUGUUUGUGCAUCCCUUGGCGGAGUUUUGGAUCUGGACGCCCACGUGGAAUUGGCAGAAAAUAAUUUUGUUUUACCACCAAAAUUUGUCAUCUUUAAACUGACAUUGGCAUAAUUGCUUAUGUAAAGAUCUGCUGGAAUUGCUGUGAAAUAUUUCCUCUGAGUAAGGUUAUUAACAAUAUUGUUUGAAUCCACAGUCUGGAAUAUGCUGCAAGAGGAUUUCAGCUUCUGAUUAAUUAAACAGAGAAUGAAUUCCCAAAGAAAGAAUUUGCUUAAUCUUCAGAUAUCAACAAAAAUGACAAGGAAAAUAUUUCAGAAUAAAAUAUUAAAAGAAAAAAAUUACUAGAAUAAUUUGCAAAUAUUGUAAAUAACAGAUGAGAAAAUUUGGUAAAUGAAAUGUGGAAUCAAAUGAAAAGAAAAAAAGAAAUGCCUGAAAGAAUUGAUUCCCAAAGUGAAAUGCUGAAAGAUACAGAAGAAGCAUCUUAUCAUUGUGAUAUCUGUGGAAAGUCAUUUACCAAAAAAAGUUACGUUAUAAGACACAAAUGUAAUCGAACAGGAGAAAAACACUACUACUGUAAAGAAUGUGGUAAAUGGUUCUGUCAAAGAUAUUGGCUAACUGACCACAAACGCACUCACACAGGAGAGAAACCCUAUCACUGUGAUGUCUGUGGUAAAUCAUUUCCUUACAGAAGUGGCUUGACUAUCCACAAACGUAUUCAUAAAGGAGAGAAACCGUAUCAUUGUGACAUAUGCGGUAAAUCAUUUUCACAAAGACAUGGUUUAACCACACACAUACGCAUUCAUACAGGAGAAAAACCCUAUCACUAUGAUGUCUGUGGCAAAUCCUUCUCUCAAACAAGUGAGUUGACUAUUCAUUCUCUCCUCCAUACAGGAAAAAAACCCAUUAUGUGAUAUCUGUGGCAAAGCAUUUUAUGAUGAAAAUAUUUUAAAUACACACAGACGCAUCCAUACACAGGAGAGAAGCCAUACCUCUGUGAUA